ACUUUCAUCUAUGCGGGUUGCGGACAUCUAAGCAAUCCAACUUGCUAGUGCGUGUCAAUUAUUUGCCUUUGAAAGGCUUGAUUUUAUUCUCGAGUUGGUUUAGCAAUUUCCCAGGGACAAAGGAAAUCGGUUGAGCGGAGCGCUGGGAAGAGUAGGCGGGGCAUAGUUACUCAUCAACCCCGCGACAUCAGCUGCUGCACGUGCUCUCACUAGUUGGCCCAUAACACAAAAGCGGACGAUAUUAUUACAUCGCAGGCAUUACUCAUGCAUACUUCGCAGAUCCCUUUCAACCAUGACCUAGGCUGCGACACUGACAGUGAACGUGGUGUUGGAAAAGAACGGACUGCCUGCCUGGCGUUUAUUUGUGUAAGGGAAGAGCGGUGUGUCGUCAGGGAGUGCAUUGCAGUCAUCUCUGCAACAGCUCCAUCGCUUGGCUGAGGUCAGCGAAGAUUCCACGGGCGUUGACGGACGAUCUGUUGAUGUUUUCGGGAAAUCUACGAUCCCGGCAUCUUCUUUUUCGUUCUCUAAAAAUGAUGCAGGCGAGUGAUGCUUCAGUGCUUAUAUGAUUAGCAACAGUGUAACUGAUUACAUGUGCAUGACAGUCGAUCCCACAUGUCGAACCGGCUGUUGUAUGGCAGACUUCCAGCAAAUGCUCCUCGACUGAACGUUCAUGCGCAGACAUGAUGCUAUAGGACAGCAGUUGCAUUCAAUAUUGCUUUUGUCAUUACAACGGAUAUCCACUAUAUUAAGGUUGUUCCACCAUAUUAACGACUAUUCCCAGCAAACAUGGCCAGUGAGAACAAGGCUGAAGACAGCCGGGAACCUAAAGUCAUAUACAAGGGACCAGGCUACGCUCGCAUUUCGCAAGAUGGGGAACCUAUCGGCGAUACUGCUGGAAAGAAGACUAAGAAGAGAGGCAGAGGAGAUACGCUCAAGGUCCUAUUACCCAUCAGGGUCAAGGGGAGUAAAACUCGCAGUGAAAUGGACACCUCUGGCCUGAUCAGCACUAUGCUGUUCUCUUUCUUCACCACGAUUUACUGGAAGGCCUUCCGAAAGGGGAUCACCCAAGAUAGCUUGAUGCCACUCAUGUCUGACAGGGAAGCAGCCAAGGCCAAUUGUGACAGACUGGAGCGGUUAUGGCAAGAGGAACUGGACAAAAAAGGAGAAGAGGCGGCAUCUUACAAGAAAGCUGUCCUCAAAUUUAUUCGAACCCGCUUCGUCAUGUCAUCCCUUUCCAUCGUUGCCUCAUCCUCCGCUGGUUUUCUUCUGACGGCAUACCUCCUGUAUCAAGCUAUAAUUUACCUUGAGAGCACAGACGAUUCCGUGGGUCAAAGCUUGUCACUUGCAUUCAGCAUUUUCGGCGCAACCGUUAUGCGCGUUUUAGGUGGGAAUCUCUCCAACUACUUGAAUGCACGCAGUGCAGUGCGCCUGCGCAGUGCCGUCAUGAUGCAGCUAUACCGGAAGGUUACACGAUUGCGCACUACAUCCAGAGUGUCCGUUGGAGAGAUGGUUAACAUCUGCGUGAAUGACAUCCAACGGAUGCACGAUGCAAUCAUAUUUGGACCAUUGCUGUUUUCUUUCCCAUUAUUUAUUGUGUUCAUCAUCGCUGGUGUUGUCAUCGUUAUCGGUCCGGUUCCCACCAUCGUUGGAGCAGCUACUUUGCUCUUCUUCUUUUGCGUACAGACAUGUCUUGCCAAGGUCAAUGUACGACUUCGCCAGAAGUGUGUCGUGUUCACAGACAAAAGAACUCGCUUGAUGAACGAAGUGCUUAACUGCGUCAAGUUGAUCAAGAUGUAUUCCUGGGAAGAAUCAUUUGCCAAAAACCUUGCAAAUAUUCGAUAUAAUGAGAGAAAGUACCUGACGCGUGCCGGUGUUCUGCAGAGUUUUACAAUGGGAUUAUCUGUUACCAUUGGACCGGCUGUGGUACUCAUGUCUGUCAUCACAUAUACCCUCCUUGGAAAUGUGAUUACCGCUGCUCGGGCUUUUACCUUGCUUCAACUGUUUGGUAGUUUGACUUCUGCACUCUACGUCCUACCAUUAGCUAUGAAGCCUAUUUCAGAGUCCAUUGUGGCGUUCAAACGAAUCAAGCCAAUUUUGCUGAUGGACGAGACCACUCGUGAAUGGAAUCCACCUUCAGACCCUGAACAUGCUGUGGAGAUUGUGAAUGCGUCCUUCAGCUGGGAUGCCCCGCCUACUGAAGAGAAUGACAACACAGUCAACGGGCCCAGUGUGGAUGGAAAAAGCACCAAGUACAAGCUGGUGAAUGGGGACAGAGAUGAGAAGGAAGAUGCAGAGAAGGGAGUCAAGGAACAAGACGAGAAGGAUGCCACUGUCUCAGAUGGCUUGCUAGAAAACACAGGCGAGACACAAGGACCUACGAUUACACUGAAGAGCAUCAACUUGGUUGUCCCUAGAUCUCAUUUGGUUGGCAUCUGUGGUUCAGUUGGUAGCGGGAAAAGUUCUCUCCUUAACACCCUUCUGGAUCAGCUGAACCUACUCGAUGGAAGAAUUGCCGCUAAGGGCUCCUUUGCCUAUGCUGCACAACAGGCAUGGAUAACAAAUGCAUCCGUUAAAGACAAUAUUCUCUUUGGGGAGCCGUAUGAUGAACAGAGGUAUAAGAAGGCAAUCUUCUCCUGCUGCUUAGAGAGAGACUUGGAGAUUAUGUCAGAUGGAGACAGGACAGAGAUUGGUGAGCGAGGAGUGAACGUGAGCGGUGGUCAGAAGCAACGUAUCAGUCUGGCUCGGGCUUAUUACUCAGAUAGAGACAUCUAUCUCCUUGACGACCCGCUCAGUGCCGUAGAUGCACACGUUGGCAAACAUAUCUUUACCCACUGUAUUCAUGGUGUGUUGAGAGGCAAGACAGUGUUGUUUGUCACCCAUCAACUGCAGUAUCUCCGUGAUUGCGACUACGUGGUACUAAUGCGAGAUGGAAAAAUUGCCGAGCAGGGAACGCAUGAUGGACUGGUAGCAGCUGGCAGUGAAUACGCCCGGUUGAUCGACACGUUCCAUGGUAAGGGAGAAGAUGACGAAGAAGACGUCAAUGAAGCCAUCCCAGAGAUCAAACAUGACGAUGAGAAUAUGAACAAGGAGGAGUCCUCCCAAGCAGAGAUCAGUGAGCACAAGGAAGAGGCAGAUGAGGAAACGGAGGAGAAAGAAGAGACGGAAGUUGUGAAACUUAUUGGUGAGGAGGACCAAGGUCAUGGCACAGUGGCUUUUGCCACCUACAAGAGCUUUGUACAUUUCACUGGAAGUCGGUUCUGGGCCUUCCUGGUCCCAUUUUUGAUGUUUAUGACCAUGCUGUCAUCAAUUUUCACUAACAUCUGGCUGUCCAUUUGGAUACAAGCUGCAACCGUUUGGAGAAAUCAAACGCAGGUGCCGACAUCAAUACCCGAGGUGUCCACUUCCUCACCGUGGCUCUCAGCCACAACCCUAUUUAUGAAUAAUUCAUCAGAUGACUUCAUCAUCAAUAGCACAGAUGGCGCUGCCAAUGAUUACUAUGAUGAGUAUGCCUUCACCACAUCCUCAGCCAAUGCUGGUGAUGGACAAAACUCCACGGCCGAUGGCAUAGCCUUUUUCAUGGCCAUCUAUGCAGGCAUAUUCGGCUUAACAUACUUCUUUCUUAUCGUGUCGAGCUUUGUUUUCAUAGUGACUGUGCUCCGUGCAACCACACGUAUCCAUGACAGUCUCUUGCGUAAGAUCAUGCGCUGUCCCAUGUCGUUCUUUGACACAACACCGUUGGGCCGCAUACUCAACAGAUUCUCAAAGGACAUGGACGAAGUGGACUUGCUGCUGCCGAUGAACCUCCAACGGUGCCUGUUUUUCCUGAGUUGCGUCAUCAUCAUUCAGGGCUUCUUCGUCUCCAUCUUUCCUUUCUAUGGCGUCGUUCUCGUCAUCGUCUUGGCUGUCGGCAUCUUCCUGUAUGUCAUGUUUCGGAAAGGCUAUUGUGAGAUAAAGAGAAUGGACAACACUACAAGGUCAAAGGUCGUGUCUCAUAUCUCAGCCACCAUGCAAGGCUUGACGACCAUCAAGGCUUACGGGCAGGGGAAGAGAUUUACCACAAAGUUUGAGGAACUUCUGGAUACUAAUUCUUUGAUCAUGGAGUUGUUCUUUAUGGCUCCUCGAUGGACGGCUGCUCGUAUGGAUCUCUUGUCUUCUGUUCUGCUUCUUGUAUUGUGUGCCUUGAUUCUGAUCUUCAAGUCCAGCCUGUUCUCUCCAGCUAUUGCAGCCAUGGCAAUCGGGCAGGCUAUUUCGAUUUCUGGAGGUCUGCUGCAGGAAGUCAUAUUGUCUUGCACACAGACAGAGAGCUCCUUCUUAUCAGUGGAGAGGAUGCUGGAAUAUAUCGAGCAAUCACCAUCUGAGGCAGAUGCCCACAUUAAGGAGACCGCCCCUCCUGAGGAGUGGCCACAAGAUGGUGACCUCAAACUGCAGAAAGUGGAGAUGAGGUACCGGGACAACCUGCCUCUUGUCUUAAAGGGAAUCACAUGUCACAUCCUACCCAAAGAGAAGAUAGGGAUUGUUGGAAGGACUGGCUCAGGCAAGUCAACGUUGGGUGUGUCACUCUUCCGCCUGGUGGAGAAUGUCUCGGGGAAGAUUAUCCUUGAUGAUGUUGAUGUGUCCACAAUCGGUCUUCACGAUCUGCGCUCCAAACUCUCCAUUAUUCCACAAGACCCGGUGCUCUUUGCAGGAACGAUCAGAUUCAACCUUGAUCCUCUUGGUAACCACACCGAUGAGGAAUUGUGGUCAGCGCUUGAGAAGACAUACGUCAAACAAACGGUGAGUGGCCUUGACAACCAGCUUGAGGCGCCAGUCAUCGAAAAUGGAGAGAACUUCUCAGUAGGAGAGAGGCAGCUUAUGUGUAUGGCGAGAGCAUUGCUGAGAAAUAGCAAGGUGUUGUUAAUGGACGAGGCCACGGCUGCCAUAGACACGGAGACAGAUAGUUUAAUACAACAGACGAUACGUGAGGCCUUCAAAGAUUGCACUAUGCUCAUAAUAGCUCAUAGACUCAACACCAUCUUGGAUUGUGAUAAAAUCAUGCUCAUGGACAGCGGGGAGAUUGCUGAGUUUGACACACCAGAUGUGCUGCAAGGUGAUCCAAACUCUCUCUUUAGUGGUAUGCUUGCUGCUGCGAAGCAUAACAAAGGAAGUCUGGAUGAAUAAGAGUAGUUGGGAUGCCUGAAGCUUCUGUCCAAUUUCUCAAGAGAAUAAAAUCUCCAAGGAGAAAAACAGUCAGUGUUUUGUAUUUGUUCAGCCUUGGCCAUUACAUCCUGAAGUCAAAACAUACGAUGUUGCUGAAGAUAUGUCUCCAAACUAUAGAGUUUAUGCCCAAUUUUUCUUUCAUAGUACCUAUUAAUGAAUGUUUAGAUCUAGUUCUUCUUAAAGGUUAACAUUUUAGUAUCUUUGUCUUAGAGUAUUACCACUAGAUAUGUAAACUAAAUCCAAGUUUAUCUACCUUCAGCUAGUUGUGAAUGUGGGGUUUGCUGUGGGAGGGGGGGUGCUCAGACCAGAAAUCAUCCCCCAAAAGAGUUCAUGAUGCUCAAAUCUCCCUCAAGGUGUGCCGCAGUGAACUGGGAUUUAUGGUUAUAUGAGGGCUGAGCUUUGAAGCUUUUCAUAGUAUGUGUGGUUCUGAAAAGAAAUGGAGGAUACUUAACGUUUCGGACAGUAUACUUUGUCCAUCGUCAGGAAACUGUAUAUGAGAGCUACUAGUAUCAGAUGUUUUAUAUAAUGUUGUUUUUCGAUAAAAAAGAAGCCCGUCUCCCUGUGUACCACUGCCUUCAGGCUUUUGUGUGGUAGACCAAAAUAUGUGAACACUACAAUCGUUUUCAUGUCUUUGGUAUUUAUCUUAUUAAAUAGUAGAGGAUCGUGUAUUAGUGUGACGUACCCUAACGGCCAUCAAUUCUUCAACUUUCAGGGAUGAUACAAUUAUUUUUGUAAAUUUUGCACAGUACCAAUAGGUCAUCAUAAAUAUACUUUUCAAAAUUAAUCUCUGAAUUUUGUUACUUUAAAUUUAAUUUUACCAUAUGCAGCAAAGUAUUUGUGGUAUCAGUUUGUAAAUUUUCUGGGUCUCAUGGUGUGGUGUCGCCAUAGUGUAGUCAGUUUAUGCAGUAUAAGGAUAUCUUUUUUUUAAGUACUGGUAUGUCUACCAAAAAUGCUUUGUGCAGUUGUCAAUGACAAAUAAACACCACUCUAAACAUCAACUGAUAAACCAUUAACACUAAGAUGUGGCACAUUAACCUAGAUGUAACAAGUCCCUGUGCCUUACAAUUAUAUCUUGAUUUGUGGUUAUGUUGACAAGUAGUUAUCAGGUGUUAGUGUUGUCUCUGUCUUUAUAGUUUAUCUUAUGCAAGAUAAUUUGAAUAGCUAUAAUAGUGUUUUUACGAAAUGCCCCUAUGUAGGUGCCGUGGUCUUAGUGUGAAACUGUAAUGGGGUCACAAGGGCAUUAAAAUGGCAUUACUUUCCACCGACCUCACUGUAACUUUAUAUUUUUCUGCACUUGUCACAUGACAGCAAACUGCCUGCCCGAGGGACUGUCAGAUUAGCACAGGUCACAACACAAUAAAUGAAAGUCAAGGGCAAGUUUGUCUGGGGCACUUUUUACAUCUUUAUUUCUAAUGAGCAUGAGUUGCCAACAAUAAUUUCUGACUCGGCAACGACUGUGACCAAACUGGCAUAAUUUUAUCCAAAUUCCAACCGUACCAUGAGGAAUGUGUCCGGGACAAAGUCAAUUAUUUACAGUUACAAACAAGUUUAAAACAGAAACACAUCAACAAAUUCAGGAUACAGUGCACAUUAGGAGAACAAUUUUCAGAUACAUGUUAAAACUGGAAUAAUUUAAAACAACAUGUUGGACAUAACAAUCUAUAAACCAACAUUUAAAGGUACCCAAGCAAUCUCCACACUUUUAAGGAAAGCUUAAUGAAAAUGAAUUGCUAAAACAAUAUGUAUUUACACAGUGUACCAAAAAGGAACAACAAAUUCUGGUUCAAUUGUUUUUUUCAUAUCUGGUGUUAAAAUCAAAAUGCGUGUCAAUGCUUUCACCAUUUACGUAAUCACAGACAUGAACAAGCAGUUUGAAUACUAGAAAUGGGAUCAAUUGGAGCCUUGGGAACUCUUUUAAAGGGCUGAAAAUGCUUUGCAAAAGCACUUCAAGAUUUAUCAGAUAAUAAAAUGUUGGGCAUUUUA